AUGAAUCCAACCGAGGCAGGCCUUUUGCUCGGAGCAGAUCAUGCCGCCAACGAAUCCCUUUUAUGGGGAACGUAUCGUCCAAAUCUUUAUUUUGGAACUCGCCCACGUGUAGAUAAAUCUCUCAUGACAAGCCUUAUGUGGUUUGAUGCUACGCAAUUCCAAGGAUUCCAACGUAAGCUACGCGUACACGCCUGCGAUCAGGGUGAUAAAAUCAACGGUUAUGGUUAUAAUAAGCACGACGGAAGAAAUUACGCCAAACAAACCAUUAAUGAUGGACCGAGUAAUAUUGCUAUUACAACAGAAUUCAUUAAAAUCCCGGGUGGACAGCACGGCGGCGAUUGGGGUGUAAGAGUUCGAGGAAAACCCAUGGAUGAUGAUGUCGAAACUAUUACCAGUGUAAUGUUUUCACUGGCAUUAGAAGGUGAAGGUAGCAUGGACAUUGUUAGUAAGCUUUCUCCCGAGGGUUUGGUGUCUCCUGUCAGGCUUGAAGGCGAUACUCCUGAAUUAGGAGAUUUCGAGAUUCAUAUUGUUGAUGGACCCUCAAAUGAGCAUCCUCAAGGUUUGGAUCAAGACCUCUCAUUAACACAAUGGUGGGGACGCGAACUUCCGGAAGGAGUAGCUUGGAGGGAGAAAGAGAUUGUUAUGGAAAAUCUUUUGAUGUCUGCACGCCAGAAAGUUUCUCAGGGAGACCAACACGAUGCAUUUGAAAGACCAUAUGCAUAUUUUACAUUACUAAACACCCUUACUGAAGAAAACGAAGAAGUAUCAAACUUUUAUACGUUUCAGAAAGUCUUUUCUGGUGAAUUCCAAUUUGACGUCCUCUUCAGAUCACAAAGCUCUCCAAACAAAAUAACCGGAGAUUCACUUGAAACUGAAUUGGCUCAGCGAGAAAAGACAUUCGAUGCUCGCUUCCAAGAAAAAUUCCGCUUACAUGAGAAAGGAUUUUCAGAUGAGCAUGUUGGAUUUGCACAGUACCUUCUCAGCAAUAUGCUAGGAGGAAUUGGCUAUUUCCAUGGCUCGUCCGUCGUUGACAGAUCUCACCACCCCCUAGAAGAUGAAGAGAACUUUUCUGACGUACCUAUCAAAGCUGAGCUCACAGAGCCUCGUAGUCUCUUUACUGCCACGCCUAGUAGACCAUUCUUUCCCCGUGGAUUCUACUGGGAUGAAGGGUUUCAUGAGCUCUUGAUUGGAAAAUGGGACAAUGAUCUCAGUCUUGAUAUCAUCAAGAAUUGGGUGUCAUUGAUUGAUGAGAACGGCUGGGUUGCCCGUGAGCAAAUUCUCGGUGAAGAAGCAAGAAGCAAAGUUCCUACUGAAUUCCAGACACAGUUUCCUCACUAUGCAAACCCGCCUACUUUAUACCUUGCCAUAAAACGCUAUCUCGAUAGAUUAACAGAGUACAGACAAGAGAAUCCCAUUAACCAACAUACAUUCAUGGCAACCUUUGACAAUCCUGUGCUGCUCCAAUCCCUUCAUUUGGAGUCCCCAGAGAUGUCCAAAGCGUGGCUCAGAGCAGUCUACCCAAAGUUGAGGCUAAACUGGCAAUGGUUCCGUACCACACAAAGUGCUGAUCUCAGUCGCUUCAACCGCAAGGCAGAAAGCAAAGAAGCCUAUCGAUGGAGAGGACGUACUCCAAACCACACAUUAACGUCAGGUUUGGAUGACUAUCCUAGAGGAGAGCCUCCGAAUGUAGGAGAGCUUCAUGUUGAUCUUCUUUCGUGGAUGAGCUUUGCCACGCGUCUUCUCAAGGAUAUAUCGAGUCAAUUAGGCCCCGAGUUUUCCACGGACGUACAGGAAUAUAGUUUAAUCGAGAAAGAAAUGCUCCAGAAUCUCGAAUUAUUGCAUUGGAACGAGGAAAAUCAGGCUUUCUGUGACCAGACAGUUGAGAAUGGUGAGCCUAUCCAUGUCUGCCACAAGGGAUAUAUUUCGAUUUUCCCUGUAAUUCUUGGACUCUUGGAGCCAGAUUCUCCCAAAGUCAAGGCUAUUUUUGACCUUAUUGAAGAUGAGAAUGAGCUCUGGUCUCCUUAUGGCCUUAGAUCUUUGUCGGCAUCUGACAAGUUCUACAAUACCGGGGAAGAUUACUGGCGUGGUCCGAUUUGGAUAAACAUCAAUUAUCUAACUUUGCAAUCUCUUUACAACAACUAUAUGCGAGUGCCUGGACCUUAUCAAGGACAGGCGGAACGAAUUUACAAUAGCCUUAGACAUAAUAUUAUCAGUGCUGUAUUUAAGGAUUAUCAAAAAACAGGAUAUGUUUGGGAACAAUAUUCAGACAAGACAGGAGAGGGUAAACGUAGCCAUCCUUUCACUGGCUGGACAAGUCUUGUGUUACUUAUUAUGGCAGAAGAAUACUAGUCAAAAAUGUAUUUUUUUUUAUAUUUCUUAUGUACUUUCAAUUACAUAUAUAUAGUG